GUUUUGUGUCUUUUCAGACGUACGCCUACUCUUCAAUUUUAUGUUUUUUUUUAUGGUGAAGGCGUGAGUAAUAUUCACUAUAUUGCUCAGCAGGGAAGUCCAAUGGUUAAAAGUGCUCAAAUGUACAAGAUUUGACAAGUCAUAACAGUACUGUACUACAGUACCUGCCUUGAACAGCUCUUGCCAUUGUUCUGCACGGUAGCUCACCACUAACCAUAGAAUAUUCUGCAGCGAUCGUCUAUUGCGUUUAAAAUAAAGACAUCACAGCAUGCAUAAAGCUACUGGUUGCACUAGCCGCUUUAUUUCUGCGCUUUUUCACUUGGGCUCCAACAUAACAAGCAGGUCCACGCUUUUUCCGAAGCGAUCCCAGUGUGCGUAGCAAGUGACGAAGCCCUAUCGCAGCGACGUCGGCACGCCACAUCCUGCCAAGGGAAAGAGGGAAAAAAGGAGGAGGAGAACAGCGGAAGAUGGCGACCUCAAACAAUCCGCGGAAAUUCAGCGAGAAGAUCGCUUUGCAUAACCAGAAGCAGGCCGAGGAGACGGCGGCCUUCGAGGAGGUGAUGAAGGACCUGAGCAUCACCCGGGCGGCACGGUUGCAGUUGCAGAAGACCCAGUAUUUGCAGUUAGGGCAGAACCGUGGACAGUACUAUGGAGGAUCGUUGCCCAAUGUUAAUCAGAUUGGAAACAGCAACAUUGACCUACCCUUUCAGACUCCAUUCCAGACUUCAGGCUUGGACACGAGCCGUACCACUCGGCACCACGGCUUGGUGGAUCGGGUGUACCGCGAUCGCAAUCGGAUCACCUCGCCACACCGGCGGCCCCUGUCUGUGGACAAACACGGCCGCCAGAUUGACAGCUGUCCCUAUGGAUCCGUGUACUUGUCUCCUCCGCCUGACACGAGCUGGAGAAGAACCAAUUCGGACUCGGCCUUGCACCAGAGCACGAUGAACCCUACUCCCCAGGACAGCUUUGUGGGGGGCUCACAGGAGCUUCAGCCCAAGCGAGUGCUCCUGCUCACGGUUCCGGGGACAGAGGACUCUGCAGAAUCCGAGGUGGAUAAAAGCAUCCAGAAGCAGAUCUGGGAUAAGAAGAACCUGUCACCAAGGCCCAAAUCCUGUGAGGUGCCGGGGAUAAACAUUUUUCCAUCGCCUGACCAGGAGAUGGCGACCUCCUUAAUCCCAGCCACACACAACACUGGCGGCUCUCUGCCUGACUUGACCAACAUCCAGUUUCCCCCGCCGCUGCCCACCCCGCUGGACCCCGAGGACACCUCCUCCUUCCCGGCACUCAGCACCUCCAGCAGCACCAGUAACCUGACCACCAACCUCACCCACCUGGGCAUCAGCGUCGUCAGCCACGGAAUAAGCAGCUCCCAGCCCACCACGACGGGGACGGCCCAGCGCAAGCAGCAGAGCGUAGUUCCCCUGGCACUGAAUGCGGAGGCACAGAACCAGCAAUCGCCACAGCAGCUCUCCCCCACCCUCUCGCCCCCCGUCACCGUGGCCCAGGCCGUGACGAUGGAUGCGCUGACCCUGGAUCAGCAGCUGUCCCAGUACCCCUUCUUCAGUCAGCUGUCGUCGCAGGCGUUGGCACAGGUGGUCAGCGAUCUGCAGCAGCGGGCCCCCCAGCAGCCGCAGCCGCCGCAGCAGAACAUGCGGCUGGUGCAGCUGCCGCCACUGUCUGUGAGCACGGCCUCCAGUCUGCCCCAGGCCUCCCCCGGCAGCCAGACGCCCACCACCGUCGCCAUCGACAUUAACUCUCAGUACCGCAGUCAGGCCGGUUCUCCCGCCAACCAGUCUCCAACCUCUCCUGUCUCCAAUCAAGGCUUCUCGCCAGGCGGCUCGCCUCAACACACUUCUGCUGUGGGCAGCAUCUUCGGUGACUCUUUCUACGACCAGCAGCUUACAUCCAGGCAGACCACUGCCCUCUCCCACCAGCUUGAGCAGUUCAACAUGAUUGAGAGUCCCAUCAGCUCCAACAGCCUGUACAGCCAGUGCUCCACCCUGAACUACACCCAAGCAGCAAUGAUGGGAUUGACAGGUAGCCACGGCAACCUGCAGGACUCCCAGCAGCUCAGUUACAGUAGCCAUGGCAACAUUCCCAAUAUCAUUCUCACAGUUACUGGAGAGUCACCACCCAGCCUGUCCAAGGAGCUCACCAGCUCCCUGGCCAGUGUCGGUGAUGUCAGCUUCGAUGCCGACUCUCAGUUCCCGUUGGACGAGCUGAAGAUCGAUCCUCUCACACUCGACGGAUUGCACAUGCUCAACGACCCAGACAUGGUCCUGGCCGACCCCGCCACGGAGGACACUUUCCGGAUGGAUAGGCUGUAAACGCAGGACCGCAGGCAGCAGUGUUAAGUACCCAGAGAGUUUGGGGAGAGGAGGGUUGGGCCAUGUGACUGUCUGCUUGCACAUCAGCCCUGCCUCUCUCUGCAGUUCCCACCAUUUCCUGUUAUGACCCUUUUGAUGGGCUGAGGGAAAAAAUAUAUACAAACCAGAAGGGAAAAGAUUCCCAUAAUGUCCAGUAAAAUGAAGCUUGUCUUUCUCAGCUUGUGAAUUCAUCUGUGUUAUUUAUAUGCUUGCCAUACGUUUUUCUGCAUUUGACAGAUUUUAACCAGUUGUCAAGUUUUGUACCAUAGAGACGUUAAGUUCACUGAUUUUAGAAUCAACAUUUUAAGCUAAGAAAAACAACAAAAGUGGGCUGGUUUAAUUUCAUUUCCAUUUUGUAUAUUUUCCAUUACGUCACCCUUUUUUCAUUUUUUUUUACCCCAACGUUCAGCUUGACUGUUCACCUCAUGGCUUUGCUCCCUGUGUUUUGUGUGUCAUUUUUUUCCUGUCUUGAAUGUGCUCAGUUUUGACAGUCAGAUUUUCUUGAAUGCGGGCAGUUAUGUUGCAUAUUAGAAAUGCCAUUGUCCUCCCCCCCUCCUUCUGUAAAUUGACCAGCAUUCACUGCCUGUUUUGGUUCCCUGCCAAAGUUUUAAUACUGGCUUUUAUGUCUCUGUUGUCAUUUGUUUUUAUUUAUUUAUUUAUUUUUGAGGUUAAGGAGUAUUAAUCCUCCCAACACCAAAUGAAAGUUUUUGUUGCAGUCGGGGUAUUUCUUGGUACCCUGAAAGGUACAGUCCAUCAGCUCCCAUCUCACGUCGCCUGAUUGAUUAAGUAUUCAUACUUUGUUGUGAACGCUGACACAGUUAAUCAACGUCACUGACAUAGUUUAAGGAUAUAGUCACGUGGUAUGGCGCCCUCUGUUAGUAGUAUUGAGCAUUUUUAAUUGUACAUACUUCAUAGUGAUGAGAAAUUUGUCCAUGUUGGUUCUUUGUUUACAUGGUGUUGGUCCUGCUGUUUAAUUUGUGCGCAGAAACGAUCCCGCCUCGUUUAAUAUUCGAUAAGGCGUCUCCACGCUGCAGGUUUGCUCUGCGGUGAAUUUGCCACGCGGAAGCUAUUGGGCGUCCUCAGCUUCCCGGCUUUCUUCUGUGUUUGUGUAUCUGCUCUUCUUUGACUGAAGGGCCGCAGGCCGAUAAUGCGGGAAGACAGGAACGGCUGGCGGCAAUGAACUCAUCACUGUGAGAUCACCUGACUUUGCCUUACAUGAAUGAGAUGCUGUUUUCAAGUGUCUGGUACUUAAUGUGAAAAUGUAUUUUUCCUAAUGUCUCUGUUUGUUUUUGGCUUUUUAUAGAUUUUUUUAAAUAUGUAUAUUGAACGAUGUAUUUGUGGCAAUGUAGUGUAAAAGCUUGAUUAAUUGUAACUUCUUGACCAUUGUCGCGUCCAUAACAUUCAGGAUCCUCAGUGCGCGCAAGGGCGGGCGGAUUACUACUCCUUAAAGUGCUGGAUGUUGGUGUUAGAUCAUGCGCUUCUAUUGCUUAUGUACGUAUUUAUGUAUGUAUUUAUUUAUUUCUGUAUUUAUUAUUAUUUAUGCUGUCUCUCCCUCACUACGUGCAUGGUUUCCACCCGGCGGUCGGUUUCAGCAGGGUCGCGUGCGCUCUGCCCGUGUACGGUGUCUCCCCCCCCCCCCUCACCUCACCUCGAGCUCCUAUUGGCUGUGCAGAUCGACUAAAUUCACCCCACUGCGCAUGCGUUCGAGAUUCCUAUGCAAGACAAAUUAAAUAGUUCACUAUCAUGUAACACACAGAACAACGACGUAUUAGAACCAUUUGGCAAACAUAUAAUUUUAUUCGAGUGCAACUGCAGUAUCUUCCAUUACUGUGACAUUGGACAUUAAAAGUUAUGAGUCAGUACAGGCGCCAUACAGAUAUUAAAUUAACUCAAAUUUCUUUCACUGGCAAAAUGGAAGCUUGUAUAUUCUGUAUAUAACUUUUUAAACGUGCAUGAUAAAUAUAGGAAAUUUGGAAAAUUGCCUUUAUUAAAAUCGGUUUGUUGGAUGAAAUUCUCAAGUGGGGGGGAUGCUGAUUUUUAAUUUAAGUCCAUUUAGUGUAAAUCGUGCUCCUGCCAGAUGGAAAUUUACUGUUCCGACACUCAUAUCUCCCCGCUUGUACCAGUAACGAACCAAUACAAUUUAAUUUAACGAGGAAGAAAUUCAAUUAGGAAUCAUUAAUCCUAUCCUCUGUCCCUAACCCUGCUGAGGUUUUUCUUAUUUGCUUGUGGCUCCUUUAGUUAAUUCUCAUAAGAGGUCACGUCCCUGUAAUUGGUGGAGUGAAAAGCUUGUCAUUUGUGCCAUCUUAAUCCUGCCUGCUGCAUUAAAAUGCGCCGCAGUUUACCGACCCGAGGACCCUCAUACGGAGGGUUUCGCCUCCCUACUCUCGCUCAUAUUAGCCUUCAUUGGAAAGAAAGACGAUAUGUGCACUUCGUAACGGACUUGUAUAUUCUCUGCAACAGAGGUGAUGUCUCCUUCAUCGGCUCCCAGUGUGAACCCGCUGGUGACUUUGCAGUCCUGGUUAGGCUUUUGGGAGCUGUCGUAUCUCAGUGCACACCUGAAAGGGCUCCUAACUAGUGCAGCUUGUUCGUGCUGGACGUGGCCUCGGCAUCCGUGUUUAAAGGUACGUGUAGGUGAGUUUACAGCGCAGCUCCGCAUGCGUAGGAAGCGGCGAUCACCUGCUGUCAGAGUUACGCGCUGUGGCUUUUCCAUUCAAUCCUGGCGAUCGAGACGGAGCUCCUUUCAGCCUUGGCAAACUGUGAUGUAAAAUAUUUCCUAAAAUCCAGACGGGUGUUGUUUAUGAUUAUUAUUAUUUGUAACGUGUUUGCAGCAUAACCUUGACAGUUAUCAUUAUGAGGGUGCCCUGGCUUUGGAAAUGAAAUACAGACCUCCAAGUUAAAAUCGGGGUGGAGGGAGAUUUUCUUUCAAUAUUUCCCAUUACGCAGAUCCGUGUGUGGUUGUCCUGCUUUGUUAAUCUUUAUUUUGUUCAUCAGCUCAGCGACCUUAAACACAGUGGUGUUUCUGAGUCUGUGAAGGCAUCUCUGUGUUCCAUUUUCCCUCCUGUGCCCUAUAUGAUACCCUUCUGAAUUUCAGUACGUUGUUUUCUUUUUAACCUUCCACAGUAAUGUAAGAUUUGCGACCAUAUAAUAUUAUACUGGAAAACUUUACCCUUUUGCAGUCCAGUACUGUAUGAGUUUAUAUAUUUUUUCCCGUCUUGGGAUGCCAUAUUUUGAGUUUUUGUGUUAAAUGCCAGUAUAAGAUCCUGAUCUGUAUUAACGUGCUGGAGGAACGUAUGGACGAUGGCGGACUGUUGGAUGCAGCUUCUGCGUAGAGUGACUUACCGCGGGUUGUGUUUCAGCUGCACUGCAAUGUUAGCAUGCAUGUCAAUCAGUCCCUGUCACUUACGUCCUUCUAUUACCAGUUUUUAAGACUUCUGCAUGUUACCGAAUCCAGUGGCAAAAUUAUAAUCGCUGCUUGAAAGGGGUUUAGUAUCCACACCUAGAAAACUGACAGGUAUGUAAGGAAUGUUUUUAGACCUCUUAAUCUGUCUUUAAACCACUUUUGAAAAUGGCAACAUGUUUAUAUGCAAGGGGAAAUUUGUCUAAUACUUUCUGUUACGUUUCCUUUACAGUGUCAGUCGUUCACUUAGGAGGGGUGGGACUGGGGUACUGGGUCUGCUAGUGUUGUGUUGGGGGAGUUUCUGUUAAAUAUUGUUUCAUCUUCAUACAGAUGUUUAAUCUGCAUGAACUUUUGUUUUUGUCCUUGUUUCACGCAUGGUUUAAAGAGACCUACUGUGCAUUAUGGUGUUAAUUGGACUAAUUUGUAACUUGUUUUCUUUGUGUUGGUUUCAACAUUGUUGACUAUUGCUGUCUAUGAACUUGGCAAACAUGUAAUUCAGCUACAAAAAUAGGAAUGACUCUCUUGAUAUAAUAUUUAUUUGCACAUAUGUUUAUGUGUUGCAAUUAACAUUCCGAUGUCUGCAGUCGAUCUUGCAUGGAUUUAUCCAGGUUUGUGUUCAAAUAAGUCAGAAGAUUAAUCUGAAUAGUUCUUAUGUUAAUGUAGAGAGAUUACUGAUGGGAUUUCCUAAACCAAAAUCCAUGAACGAAAGUGAACUUUGGUUGAAAAAUAUGUGCAGCCCUCCCAGAUUUGAAUACCCAAUAUUUCAAAUAUUCUAACAUAUUUUUCUGUAUUUAUGUUCUGUUUCUUUGUUCAGUGUUUCUCUGUGCUGUUUAAAAAGCUUUAUACCAGACAGAGUAUUUAUGAAGAGUGAGGAAUUUCUCAUUUUUCUGUGCAAAGAUUAAUUAAAACAUUUGAAUGUCAAUAGAGAUGCAUCCACUAAAACCAAAACCGGUCAAUUGCAAUAUUUUCACUUUUAGGAAAAUGCCUUUUUGUCUAAAAAUUAAAUGGCACUUGGAAGCUGUUUGUGUGUCAGAACUGGCUGUGGUUGGUACACAGUCAACCCAGUAAACGAAACAUCCUUUCGGUUUCCGGGCUUCACAAACAUGAAACUUAGCGAGUCGUAGCUUUAAUCAUUGUUUAUUUCUGUGAAGAACAUUUCAGUUCUGUUCAUAAAUUGCUGAUUUAAAGUGAAAUUUUGGCCAUUUGAAGAAAUGAAGUCAUAGGAGGUGAUUGGUUAGUGAGUGAAUUAGCGCUCAAGUUUCCUUAAAGCUGGGAAUGAGCAGCUUUUUUUAAGGUUAACAGAGAGACUUUCCCCACAGGCUCCUCAUAUACUCUCUGCUUGUGCCCCUGUUUAAAUGCUUUACCCCAGGGUUGUAUAAACAUUUCAACUGGAAGCUAUGCAAAUCAUAAAAGCACCUGCUAAGCAAUUAGGUUUGUUUAUUACAGAGUCAGGGGCUUCAACUUGGAUGACUCUUGCUGUCCUUAACUUAAUGAUAUAAGUGUUGUUGCCUUACGUCCUAUUGUACCUGCCUGGUGCUCAGACAAGGCAAAGGUCAAGUUUCAGGCUAGUAAAGGAAUAUUCUUUUUUAAUUGUCUUUUAUUCAUUUUUAUUGUUCAGCAGUCUGCGGUCCCAUCUCUGGCCCACAGGAAGGACUGUUGGUGUUUAGCCUGCUUGUCUGCUGAGUUGAACUCAGUCGCACUUGUGUUGUGACAUUGUGCUUAAAGACUAAUGCAGUGUUACCUGGCGAAGCUGUUAUGUGGGGUGGGGGGGGGGGAUGUGUCCCUUAACCUGUUCUAUUGUUCGAUUUCUCCCUAAACGUAAUAUUUUUGCAUAUUAUGGUGUAUAUAAAGAAAGAUAAGCCAACAUGGUGAAUCCCCCCAGGAAAGAUAUUAGCUAUUUUGGAUAAAAAUUAUAUAUGGUUAUAUUCGUCAGUAGUGGAACUGAAUACCGACGUAUGUCUUGAUUGCAGAAUGUGUUUGGGUUAUUAUGUUUUAAUAUAAAUUUGUGCUAAUUAGCUUCUAAUGAUAACAGCCUCUUAGCGUAAUAUACAGCCAUUUGUUUUUGGAGUAUUUUGCGGAAAUGUGGACGAAAGGCCUUAGAACUGAAAAUCACGGCUUUUAAGUGUAAUGGAUUUCGGGGGGGGGGGGCUUCAUGCAACCAGGUCUACUGAAAUGGCCGUAGGAAAUAUUGAGCAGUUGUAAGAGUUCUAAUUUUCAGGCAGUCUUAGAUGCCCCUCCCCCCCCGAUCUUCUUGUCUUUGUUUACUGCGUUUUACCGUUUCUCUUCUGGAUUGUAAUUAUUCCCACCUCAUGGAAAACUCUUGGGAAUGAUUCAUUUUGCAAGGUUAUUUUACUUUUGGUGUUAUGGCAUUAUGGGUGCGAGAAGUGUCCCGAUAAAGGCGUGCUGUCAGGACGCCAGUGCGGAUACUGCGGUUUGCUGUCCCCCCAAAGCCUCUCUAACAGCUAGGCCAUGUGCCCCGAAGGGCUUGGCAGGCCGCUCUUCAUGCUGAACGUAUCCAGCUGGAUGGCCGAAGCUUAAAACUGAGCCCAUGGAUGCUUCAGAGGAUGGUGUCACUUAGAAACAAAGUUUACUGUUCGCUGCCUGCAUUCAUGAAGCAGUUUGACCAUUAAAGACGGAGACCAGGGGAACCUGUGUUCACAGCUUCCUGUCUUCGCUUGCGGCUGCAUAUAUAAACGCGCAUUUCAUUUGUGUUGCUUUUGAUUUCUGUAAAUAUGGAAAAACCCUAACGGUGCCAGCUGUGUAUGUGUAUAACCUGAGGCCGAGAAGCCGGAUCUGACCUUCUCUGGCUGAAAAUACCACAUAAGAUAUAAGGCAGUUUCAUGAUAGGACUUUUCUAUGUUUUUUUUUUAUUAUUAUUUUGUUUAAGCAUUCGCUGUGUUAUGUAACUAUACAGUGCAUGUCCUAUAUGCUACCCAUCCUCCUAGAAAGGAUUGUAACGGGGGAAUUGAGGCGACAACAAACAUGAACAUCAAACGCUUUUGAGCUUUGCUUCAGUCCUCCAAGCCCUCGCUCUACCAUCGCGUCCAAAGUCUGUUUAAUUCAGUGCUGCAGAAGGACACACAAACGGUGAAAUGGAUCGAUCAUAACUCAAAGCUUAACAGAAGUAUAGUAUCAGUGUUGCAAAAAAAAGGUUCUUUAAUUGAAAUUCACUGACACGAGGCAAGGGCGACCAGUGUUACAUUCUCUGAUACAAACAUUAAAGGAGAUGCGACUCCCUGGGGUCUCUCAUCCAGUGGCAGCUAUAUCGUACGAUUCCUCGUCUGACUUGCGCUUCGGUGUCGUGUAGCGCUCCCAGAGCUGCUCCCACUCAUCUUAUCAAAUAUGCAAAACUCUGAUGUUGGCAACACGGCUCGCUCAUCCAGGUAGGUCUGCAGAGCUGCCCCUUUAAGACAGAAUUAUUCUGCUUUGAAUUAAAAGCUUUUUAUAUUGACAGGUAUGAAAAGAGAAACCAGUCACUGGCUAUAGGUAUGUGCGAGUAACAGAGGCAUUGCAGUGGUACCUUUUGAAGUACAUUUCGUGUGUGAAGGCUUCUGUCUUUGUAAACGCAUUACUAUUUGUAAAUUAAAUGUAAUAAAAUGAGACUGACAAACC